UGUGGGAAAUGGAGAAAGCUCGACUCGUGCGUUUGUUGGGAACCGUUCUGGACCAGGAGCUGGAGGAGGACGAUAUCUUUAUUAUCGAAGAUGAUCGCGAGGAGCCGGUGUCGAAGAUCUCGCCUGCAGAAUUCCACGACCGUCUCCGUUUCCCGCUGUUCGAAGUUCUUAAGUAUCCGUACCUGCUUUGCUACCGUGAUCUGUGUGAUUUGGUGGUAAAGGCCUUGUGUAAGUUGCAGGAUAUGAAGCAGUCUUUGACUGUGUUUGAGAAGUAUCAAGGAACAUAUCUGCUUCUCGUUCAUCCCAACGAACAGGUGCGCCGUUGGGCAAUCGAUACAGCAAAGACCAUGAAGAGUGUGGACCGGGACACCUACUAUGACCUUAAAGAGAUUUUCUUUUGCAUGUUUUAUAUCAUUGAGCUUGGAAUAUCUUUGGACUUUCCAGAUUUGGAGCCAGAGUCUUAUGCAGGGGGCGUUGUACAAAUGCUGCCUUCUCACCUCUAUGACUCGCAAAAUAAGAAGAACUACUGGCUAGGUCUGUUUAUUAGUUUUCUCCAAAUCCUCUUUUCAUAGUGGCCUUUUGUUACUAAACUUUUACAAUUUGAGAUUUUGGUUUUUCUCACUCUAGCUAGACAGCAGUCUUUCCUGUUAAGUUUCUGUUCUUCUGUUUGACACCGAUUUCAUCCUGCGGUUAACUCUUUCCCUGUCAGCAUUU